UUAGAUUUUCCUUCAGAAGAUUUUCUCAAGUGGAGGCUCAAUUUAGUUAAAAUGAGCACUGUGAAUAGUCCUCAACUUGGGUGGCUAUUGGAACAAGAGCAACAGGAAGCGACAGGGCUUUGGAGGUGAGAGGGGAACGAUUUGAAAGGGACUUGAGAGGCAAGUGCUUCACAUAGAGGGUGGUGAAUAUCUGGAACGAGCUGCCAAAGGACAUGGAAGAGACAGUUGCCAAUGGCAUGAAAUAUGUGUUUGGAAAAAAGACGCCUACUUGUUUGAUGGCUUCCACAAAAUCCCAGAAUAUCAAUGGAUCGCUUUCAUUUUUACAUGCUGUACUCCACAAAGGAACAGAGAUCCAAAGCGGAGCAAGGCUCGGGAAAUGUAAACGCUUGACUCCUUUUCGGAAGUCAGCUCAACAGUUCUACCCAUGGCUGCCUGAAAUCAUGGAGGGGGCCUAUUGAAGAUGCAUUGGACUCCAGAGCAUGCUCAGGGACCAGAGCAGUACCUCGAUUUCUCAUUCACAAUGUCUUCUCUAGCUCACAAACCAGAAGAGAACCAUCUCAUACAGCAGCAUCCCCGGUACGAGUGGGCAAAUGAUGACAUUUCUGCACUGACAGCCUCUAAUUUGCUCAAGAAAUAUGCAGAGAAGUACUCUGGGACUGUGAACUCUUCACUUGAGAGGCCAGAGCAAAAUCCUUACAUAGAUGCUCCACUUGGACCAAUUAAUGAACAAAAGAAUGAAAACGAAUCCUGGCAAAUGUCCUUUCAUGAACAAGGAUCAUUUUCUGCAAGUUCAAUAGAUGAUGGUCUUACAGGCAGUAUUCCAGCUCCUGUUCGUCUUCCUUCCUCAUCCCGCCAUUCCAUAGACCCAAGAUAUGCCUACCAGAGCCAUAGUUUGACUAAGGAUUCUUUAUCUCCUGUUACCAAUGGCUCAAGCGGUGCUUUGAAGAGAAAAACAUUUGAUACAAACCUGAGAGAGGAUGAGGGUCUGAAUAGGUACAGUUAUAGACAACAAAGGACUGCUUUACAUUUGUAUCAGAUGCCAAAUGAUGAGGCACUUGGUGAUUGUCAAGACAAUCACUUUGGUAGAAAUGGUGACACGUUGCCUGUAGAAUUCAAAACAAGGAAGCAACGUAUUGUGAAUGACCUUAUUGAUAAAUACGGCGACCAUGGGAAGAAAAGAAUGAUGUCACCACCAUACAAUAGUGAACAGCUUCCACUUCAGUCAAGCUCGUCCGAAGCUUUUGUGAAGUUCACUUCUGCAUUAUUGGACAGCGAAGUGGCGGAUGAGCAAGACCACAUGCUUAACCCCCAGAUGCAGGCUCGGAGAGUCGAGACGGUUACUGCGAGCAGUCAGUUGGAGGAGCAAUUGAAAAGCAUGGAUUCUCAACUCCUAAGCUUAGUAACCAAUGAAAUUGUGGAUUCGAGUCCUCCUGUACAGUGGGGUGAUAUUGCUGGACUGGAUGCUGCAAAAGCAGUGAUUGAACAACAGAUAUUGUGGCCUUUGUUGAGGCCAGAAGCGUACAAUGGUGCAAAUAGGGCACCAAAAAGCAUUUUGCUGUUUGGACCUCGUGGAGGAGGCAAAACGAUGCUCACAAGAUGCAUUGCCACUCACCUAGGGGCAACUUUCCUGAAGGUCAGUGGUUCUUCCUUCAUCUCUAAGUGGAAGGGAGAUGGGGAGAUGAUCUUACAGGCUAUGUUUCUUGUAGCUCGGUCUCGUCAACCAUCUGUCAUCUUUAUCAAUGAACUUGAUGUCAUGCUCUCUAACCCUGUGGGUGAAGGAAGCAUCCACCUUAAUUCUAUUAAAGCCAAAUUACUGUCUCAUGUAGAAGAUGUGCUGAACUCAAACAGUGACCAUAUUAUAGUCAUUGGAGGUACUAGGCACCCGGAUGAUAUUGAGGAGACCAUCCACAGGUACUUUAUAAAGCGUCUUUAUAUCUCUCCACCGGAUAGCAUUGCAAGGCGCCAAAUUUUAAUCUAUACCUUGUCCCAACAAGACCAUUGCCUGAGUGAUGGGGAAAUUAGCUCAAUUGUUCAGAAUACAGAAGGAUAUUCAGGGAGCGAUCUCAUGCAGCUCUGCCAGGAAGCGGCUUCUGAGCAAGAUGGUCAGCGGAAAGCUGCCACCUACAAAGAUUUUGAAAAUGCAUUUUGCAAAGUCCGCCCCAGCAUUUCAGAAAAGGAUCUGAAGUUGUACACAGAAUGGAGCAAGUUGUUUGGGUCUUGUGUCUGA